AUGCGCGCAGAUGUAUGCAGUCUCGCUGCUGGAGACCUGAUGGUGCAACUACUCAUGGAGGAGAUUGAGGUGCCCCUUCAACCGAUUCCAGUAGUCGGCGACCAGGGUGUGCUGAUGUUCCCAAGGGGAGAUGACGUGCGCCUGGAUCUAGCACGGCUUUCGCGCGAGCGAACCAACAUGGAGCUGGACGGGUUCGUCUUGGCCUCAGCGGUCAUGAGCAUCGCAAAGGCACUAGGGUACAACCCACAUGAGCUCCGGGCCGCAUGUGCGCAUGAGCUGAGCACAUGUGGGACGCCACUACUCCGCCGGUCGCCAUCGGCGGAGAACUAUGCGGAGCGUCAGGCCGCACAGGAGACUCUGGCCGAUAUGCUUCAUGAUACGCCAGAGCCACUACGUCCUGUACCCGCGAUAUGGGCCCGCCAAAAGGAGGAGGAGACUGGAGCAACCCUCAAGGUUCGUCUGGGCGCAUACCAGAGGGAGGAGGACGCGGCGUACGCGUACGCCGCAGGAGCAUUCGUGAUACGGAGGAAGGACACCUUUUUCAAGGUCAUGGAACUGAACGCGGGUGAGAUGGCAGCGCUGGAGGGGUGCAUUGAGGAUGACGUGCGUCACCUCGUGCAUAAACGGCAGUGGUAUCGGUGGCGGGAAUGGCGGAAGGCAAUGGAUGACAUAGGGGUCAAGCCUGGAACACCAUUUGAGCUGGAGAAGAGUGGCAAGUCGAACCCACAGGCGCCCCGCCACGGCACUAGUGUGGAUGCACCAGGGGAGGCGGCUGAUGCGGACGGGGAGAGCGUAGAAGUCUCCCCUGGGGAAGGAUCGGAUGCGUCCUCCCCGGAGCCCAAUCCACCCGACGCACGUGAGGGCAAGAGCUCCUCGUCGCAUGGUACGGCGACCAAUAGGCGGAAGGAAGGCCCUUCGUCGUCUGUAGGGAAUGGGCGUUCGGCGAGGCCCGAAAAGCGUCGCAAAGUUUCGGACCUGCCAGACACGGAGGAACAGGCCGACGCGCCGCCACAGGAACCGGAGCCAGAGUCGUCUGAUGACAACCCGAACGAAGCGCUUCCGCGUGUCAAUGCUGCUGCCGACGACGAGGAGGAGGAGACUAAUGAGGAACUCUCCGACUCGGCCCCUGUUACCAGGGAUGAGUUUGACGCCAUGCGCAAAACCCAGAAGGACACGGCUGCGACGCUUGCGAGGCUCGAGACGGCGCUGCUGGCGUCUCUUGCCAACCACACUGCAAAGAAACGCAAGAGGGACAAUGCGCGCGGAGAGUGCGAGAGGGCGACGAAUGCAAGGAAGGGUCGUCGUGUUGCAACGCCAGAGGAGUCCGACCUGGACGAGGACGAGGUGGAGGAAGAGCACUGGCGGCACAUGCGAUCGUCCACAUCGCCCGUUAUCCAGCGCGCGCUGAAGUUUCCGCCGUCGAACAAAGGAUGGAAGGCACGUAGUGCUCGUGUGUAUUCGCGGUUGCCAUGUUACGUAUUCGCUAUCUCCAAGUGGAGCGAGGACCGCCGCGGCAUGCCUUUUGCGUCUGGGGCAUUCGCGGCCUGUGCACGUGCGGCGUUCAAGCCGCGGAUGAUCAACGGCACUGUGACGCUGAAGCUGUACCACAUGGCGUGGCUCGAGCACGUGGUGACCGAUGCCAUCCGCUUCUGGGAGACUCGCAAGGGCAGGCUGUCCAACUCUGCGGGUGUCAACGCGCAGAUCGUGGACGGCCUCCGCGAGUGUGCCCUGACGGACGUCAUGGCGGCUGUCGAUGAGUUCCAGCCGGCGUACGACGCAACCAUUUCAUCUUGGGCUUGGGGCCGCCAUGGCCUGCGCCUUUCUUCGUGCGGCAUCGAGCGCCAGGCGACAGCUGCGCCUGCAGCCAGCGAGAGCGGGAGGGAGGGGGACAAUCUCUCACUGAACUGA